AUGGAGACCGUUGACUUGUUGACAUACAAUGAACUCGUUGAUAGAAGCGUUCAGAAAAAAAUGCUAUUUCAUUUGUUUGCCGACAUUUAUCGAACUAGCCACAAGGCGGACAACAACAAACGCGUGGCUGAUUACUACGAAAAAUUCGGAAAAAUUUUGCAAAAACAUGCUAAUUUUUUACACGAAAAAAACCACGUGUCUACGAAAAGUGUAGCGUUCGUCAAAAGCAACAUUACAUUAUUAACCGUAUCUCUGCCACUGACUACGUAUCGUUUGUUGGGUAGUUGA